UUACUAGUAUUGAGUAUUGACGACUAAUAGACACGAACAGACCGAUCGGAGUGAAGAGCCAUGGUGAAAGCCGUCGUCGGGGAAGAAACACAACUCAAGUUGUUGGAGGACCGUCUCAUCCACUCCGGUCUUCCUUCUCAGGUAGGUCUCGUAAUCGGUAAACUCAACUCCGACUUGGACCGCGGUUUCGUAUUCGAUCUGAUUCCCACGCCGCCCAACGAUGCCGGAGAGCCUGCCUGCUCUCUCAUUGAGGCCGCUAGAGACGACAAAAAUAAGGGAUCCAAAGGGAAAUCGCAGGUCGGAUCUUCUUCUUUGUUCAUCGACAAAGACUGGGUUGCUGAACACGCUCGUCAGGUCUCCAGGAUGCUGUUGGGUGGUAUUAAGGUAGUUGGAAUCUAUGUAUGGACCAGUGAAAGUUCAUUUAAGAACUCAACUUUAACUCUUUGCCAGACGGUAAAAGGAGUUGCAGAAGCAUCAACAUUGCUGAAGUUGGACUCAGAUGAUAGGUUGCUUAUACACAUUAGUUACAGUCCUAGGAGGUGGAUAUGUCGAAACUGCUCACUUGCUUCGAACAUUACUUCAAGCAGCCUACGACCUUGUGAUUUCAAAUUGGGACGAGUUUUGUCUUCCCUUCAGACUUUUCAGUGUACCUACAACUUUGAUCUUAGGUUGCCGGUUUGUUGUGAAACUGGAUCAAACUUAAGGAAACCGGUUGACAUUCUUCGCCAUGGAAUUUCUAGUCAUGCUAAAGAACUUCAGUCUGCAAAGGCUAUAGUUGAUGGAAACUUGGUAUCCGAAGAGGACCUAUAUGCAUCAGAUGGUUCACACAAAGUGGAAUUUCUCCUACCAUUUAUGAAAGAAUCCUUUCUAGCAUGCGGGAAUAAAGAGAUUGAUGGUCUUGUCGUCUUCAGUGGUUCAGUUUGUUCUUUUGCAUAUUUAAACUCAAAAGAACCACUUUCACAAGCUUUACUCAAUAUUAAGGAGGACAUCAUAAUGAGCCUGCAAAGCAGGUUAGAUAUCAUGAGUGAUGAAUCAGGGGAUGAUUUGAGUGGUGAAAUUGAUGAAUCUAUGGAGCAGCACUUUCUCCAUCUAGACCUAAAAUCUCUAAGGAAACAACGUAGUCUUUCGUUUCCUCGAAGAGUUUUUGUACCAUGGUUAGCAGAUUCUUAUAUCUGUGACUAUCUUCAGUCAUCGGAGACAGUUGAGGUACUUAAAGAGCAUUGUGUGGAGUUAAUGUCUAUGGAAGCUCCAACAGAUGCUUCACUAAUUCUUGAACCUGAAAUAGUAGCCCCGACUUUAUGGGCAAACUCUUUCUCGGAAGUGGCUAUCCCUUUUUCUUCUUCAAAAUCUUCUCCCCCGAUAGAGAAGAGGAACAAAGAACUUGUCCUAGACGAGGAGAGUUUAAAAAAACAUGCAAAAUCAGCUGAUUUCAGCAUAAUAGCAGCUGUUUUUGUUCUUUUUGCUGCCAUUAUAGUUGGAUUUUUUCUUUUUAUUAAAUCAUCAUAUACUCAGUGAAAUGUUUUAUUUGAAUUCUCACUUUGGAUU